GAUUUUGUUGGGAAACUGUCCUCUGCUAGUCUGAACUAUAUGCUCUUUUGCUUGUUCUUGGUCACUCUGUAUCCUCGUUGCUGCCCACGGUAAACAUGUCUGUGGAAGUUCGUGCUGCGCUCCUAACCGCAGAGAACCGGCAGAAACCGGGGAAAGCCGCCGCAGCAGCGGGUCCGAGGAGAGCAGCUCUCGGAGAGAUUACCAACUUUAACGCAGCAGUGACUGUCACAAAGAGAACAGGACAGACAAAAGUGUCAGCCAAGCCAUCUUGUGUCCAAGCGGCUAAACCUGCCGAGGUAGUGGUUCGACCGGUCCAAGCAGCUACAGAGCCUCUUCCUUUAGUUUUGGAGGAAUCUGCAACUGAUGUGUCCAUGAAGGAGGAGACUGAGUUGUGCCUAGCUUUCUCUGAGGCACUGCUUGCGGUGCAGGACGUGGAUGAGGAGGAUGCAGACCAGCCACAGCUCUGUUCAGAAUAUGUGAAGGAUAUCUACAAGUAUCUGCACAACCUGGAGUUGCAGCAGACGGUACGAGCAAACUACAUGCAGGGCUACGAAAUCACUGAUGGCAUGCGAGCGCUUCUCGUCGACUGGCUGGUCCAGGUUCACUCCAGGUUCCAGCUGCUGCAGGAGACGCUGUACCUCACAGUUGCCAUUCUGGACCGCUUUCUUCAGGUCCAGCCAGUCUCUCGCAGGAAGCUGCAACUUGUCGGUGUGACUGCCAUGCUGGUGGCCUGCAAGUAUGAGGAGAUGUACGCCCCAGAGGUUGGCGACUUUGCCUACAUAACCGACAACGCCUUUACAAAAUCUCAGAUUCUCGAGAUGGAGCAGCAGAUUCUGAAGGGCCUGAAAUUUCAGCUGGGGCGUCCUCUCCCACUGCACUUUCUCAGACGGGCAUCUAAGGUGGCAAAUUCUGAUGUGGAGAGACACACGCUGGCCAAGUACCUGAUGGAGCUGACCCUGCUCGACUACAAUAUGGUGCACUACAGGCCCUCUGAGGUCGCUGCUGCUUCCCUCUGCCUCUCCCAGCUGCUGCUGGACGGCCUACCCUGGUCUCCCACACAGCAGCACUACUCUACCUAUGAUGAGGCCCACCUGAAGCCCAUCAUGCAGCACAUUGCCAAAAAUGCUGUGCUGGUAAAUGAAGGGAAAACGAAGUUCCAGGCUGUGAAGAAAAAGUACUCGAGCAGCAAGCUUCUCAAGAUCAGCCUCAUUCCUCAGCUCAAAUCCUCAAUUGUCAAGAACAUGGCGGCAGCUGUACUCUGACUCAACUU